AUGUUAUAUUUUGAGGCCACAACUUCCAUUCCAUUCUUAUCGUCUUUCACCGAUCUCCACGUCGUCGCCCUCCUAGUCCAAUACUCUUUCUUCCGCUUUUCCUUAGUUCCUCUUUCUUUUUUCUUCUUCGCUCUUCCUUGCUCUUCCUUUCUUUCGCUUUUCCUUACUUCAAUCUUCUCCAAGAUUCUUCUACCUUGCGCUCCUCCACCGCCAUCCACCGCUUACAAAUUAAACGAUUUCAGCUCUCCAGUGGAGAAUAUUUAUCAGCAUAAAGAUGAUUUGGGAAUGUCUAUUGACAUGUUUGCUGCCCAAUUCCAGUUACUGAAACAUUUUUUCUCAUGGGAACAAUUCAUCCUACUAGAAGAUUUUAUCUCAUGUGAACAACUGAUCAACUCAGCAGGUACUAAUGUGAUUACUGGAAGACACUUGGUAGUGUUCCUUGCUCUUAUAGUCUGUGUCUUUCUUUUAGUUGCAUACUACAUUUAUCAGAAUGAAUUGGUGAUUUUGGAUCAGAAGAAAGCAAAGGAGUGA